AUGUUAACAAUUAACAACAAUUACUGGAAGAAAAGAAAUGUUGUGGAAGUGAAUUAUGCAGCUUGGGAUUUCAUAUUAGGCAAAUGUGCGUUACCAGAAGUUUACAGAAACGUGUAUAACGCUUUCCCUGACAAAGAUCACGUCGGAAUGUAUUUAGGACCUAAACCGAUUCUGAUUUUAAGAAACUUGGAAGAUAUACAGAGUGUCUUAUUAAAUGAUUUUCAAAGCUUUCACAGCCGUGGUUACUUUGUAAAUUCAAAAGAGGUUUUAGCGGAUAACCUUCUUCUGAUAAGCGAUUAUUGCCGAUGGAAACUGAUAAGACAAAAGAUGUCACCAGUUUUUACCAUAUCCAAAAUAAAGAGCAUGUACCAGACUAUAUAUCGGUGUGCUUCGGAUUUAAAAGAGUAUGUACGAGAUAAAAAUGUAAGAAAGGAUCCAUUAAGAUUCUUAGAUAAGUACAACUUUGUAGCUAUCGGUAUGGCAAUAUUUGGAUUAGACUUUUCAACAUCUAACACAAUAGAAACAUCAAUUGUGGACACGGCGUGUAGUUCUGCUAACUGUCAACUUGUAUUUACGUUGAAAAUGCUGAUAAAUAACACGUUUCCGAAAUUAUUUAACUUCUUUAAUAUGAACACUUUCGGUGACCACAAAGAUCUUAUAAUGAAAAUUAUGAAACAAGUUCUGAAUGAAAGGCGCAAAAUGCCAGGGAAGCGACACGAUUACAUUGACAUGUGCUUAGAGAUACAAAAGGAAGAAACGAUUCUAGAUAAAACAACGGGUUUUGAAUUAAGAACAACUGAUGAGUUUAUAGCGACGCAGGCGUUUUCACUAUUCUUUGCUGGUGUUGAGACUUCUGGAACCACACUCAACUUUACUCUACUAGAAUUGGCUAACAACGAAUCGGUGCUAGAAAAAGUUCAUAAGGAAAUUGAUGAAGCUUUUGCAAAUCGGGACCACCUUACCUAUCAGGACAUAGAAGAUUUAGUAUAUCUCGAUCAAGUUUUAAAUGAGUCAUUGAGAAAAUAUCCACCCAUUGGCUCAAUGCAAAGAGUGGCCACGCAAGAUACAAUAUUACCCAGUAAUUUAAGGAUUGAGGAAGGAACAGUCGUUAUUGUACCGAUAUAUGGCUUGCAUAUGGACAAUAAAUAUUUCGAGAACCCAGACAUUUUCGACCCUGAUCGCUUUUCUCCGGAUAAUAAAGCGGAAAUACAAAAAUACUCUUAUAUACCUUUUGGGGAGGGAAACAGAAUUUGCAUUGGUAAGGAAAGAAUUAUUGUUUUAUGA